AUGCACUUCUACAAAAUAAACCUUUGCCUCUUUGCCUUGCUGGCAAUAAGAGCGGAAUCGGCUAAUGAAAUAAUUGCAGAUCCUGAAUUCACACACCAAGUCAAAUUCGAAGUUCAACAGGGCGAUGAGCUUCUUGGAGAAUUAUCACUAGGACUCUUUGGAACUAUAGUUCCUGAUACGGUGAAGAAUUUCUUCCAACUAUCCCAAAGCGAAUACGAAAAUACCAUCUUUCAUAGAGUUAUCGCAGGAUUCAUGAUUCAGGGAGGUGAUUUCGAUGGAAAUGGUGGACAUUCAAUUUAUGGAACAGAGAAGGGCUCAUUGCCAGAUGAAAACUUCAAAUUAAAUCAUGAUCGGAUAGGCAGGUUAUCAAUGGCCAAUUCAGGCCCAAACACUUCUGGAUCUCAGUUCUUUAUUACAGCUUGCCCGACAGAAUUUUUGGACGGAAAACACGUUGUUUUUGGUCAGUUGAUAGAAGGAUUUGAUACUCUGAAACGAAUUGAAGAAGUUAAGACCGAUGUUUCUGAUAAGCCUCUUACUGAUGUUAAAAUAGUCAAAGUUGAAUCCACAGUCUUGCAUAAGAACCAAACUUAUUCUGGCCAGAAAGCUACGAUUGGAGCCAAUGUUGACGAGCAAGAUUCGGUCUCCCCAGUUGAAGAUUCUGAAUCGUAUGAGUACAGCGACGAUUCAGAUAGUUAUAUUGGGUUGGAGUCAGAAAAUCACGGAGAAGCUGACAGCUCAAAGAUCGAAGUUCAGGACGCAGAAAAGGGCGAUGAUUAUAUGGAUGAAACUGCUUUUCCAGAUACAAAUUCUGAAAGUGAUACUGCUGUUUCGAAUGAAAAUGAAAGUUAUGGGUAUGGUUCGCAGAAUCCACAUAUGGUUUUGAUUCCAUUUGUGCUUUUUGCAGCAUUGCUCGGAUUCGUUUUCUUUAAAUAUCGGAGCAAAGUUCUGUUCGCAAUCAAGGGCCCGAGGUACAGGCGAAUCUGA